AGCCAUUUUGGCUUAAGCCUUUUGGCUCAAGCCAUGUGGGCUCAGAUCCGCAUGCGCUCGAAGUGGAGCACCGGUCUGGCGCGCGAUGGGCCUGGGCCGACCCAGGGGAUCUCCGACCAACCAGUUGGUCGGGAAGGCGCUGUGCUUCCACGGCCUGCUGUGCUUGAGCGCCCUGAUACUGGGCAAGUGGCUCGCCUGCGUGCUGAGGACGUGCGAGUUUGGAUUCUGCCUGAACGUGGCCUUGAUCCCGCCGGGCGAAGGGGCAGCCGUCAGCGGCGGGUCGAGCGACGAGCUGGCAUCCAGGCUGCCAGGCGCGGCCCAGGAGGGCAAGUCGAUCGCAGUCUUUCUGCAGGUCGGCAACGCCGAGGCGUGGCCCGACUUGCGCGCGUGCCUCUCGAACGUGUUGGAGGGGGCCGACGCGGCGCGGCGCGACGUGGACGUGCACCUGGGCAUGUUCAGUCAGACCCAGUCCGACAAGGCCGAGGCCGCGCGCCUGGUUGAGAGCGACGCUGCCAAUCUUCUGCAGAAGUGGAACGGAGUGGCGGGUCGUUCCAUUCGGGCCAGGUUUCGCGUGAACACGUCGUUAGAAAACAAAGGCGCCGACAUAGGUUUGUUCCUCCAGCAGGGCUUGCAAGUUACAUACUCUAGAUAUGAGCUUCUGCUGAAAUUGCAUAGCAAAACUCACAAAGGGUGGCGCUGCCACAUGCUCGCAUCUCUGUGUGGAUCCGCCGAUCAAGUCGGCCGAAUCAUCAAACUGUUCCACGAGCGAUCAGAUCUGGGCUUCUUGGGGCCCUGGUCGUUGACCUGCUCGUGGAAUUCAAACAUAGAAAUUUGGCCGUGCAAGUUCGCUUUUGAACCCCGCGUAGAAAUUCUCAUGAAGAACACGUGGGCUCGCAUGUUCGAGAAGACAAUGGUAUUUCCCUCUCGCGAUCAAUACCUCAUGGCUGCAGGCUCCAUGUUUUGGGCUCGGUCUGCGCCGUUGUUGGAAGAUGUUCAACUUCGCAGUGCGGCUCAAAGGCUGCUGCCUUCGUGGUCGCUGGGCUACCAGUCACGUUGCAACACAAUUGCGUGUCUUGAUGCAUAUGCUCUGGAGCGGAUAUUGCCAACGACGAUCAAAGCGCUGCAUGGAUUGGUCGGCGCCGAGGCGCCCGACAACCACUAUGACGUUUCAAACGACAAGAAUUACAGUAUGAGGGCUCCCUGUCCACGUUGAGUGUCUAGUCGCAUGCUGAGGAGGAGGAGGA